AUGGGGCUGAUGUCGGACACCCUGUCCCACUCUAUCUCCUCCGCUAUCAGGGCAUCCAGCCACACCCCUGGCUCUGCACCCCCUAUACCCUCUGAUAGCAAGCCACUGGUCCCUAGCGGCCGCAAGGCUACAUGCAAAAUGCACCAUCUGCCAGGUGCUACCUCCAAAACCAGUAAGACGGACAGGUUGCGCCCUGUUGAGAAUGAUGACGUGGUGCUCCCACGUAAAAGAGCCCCCCGCCGGGCAAAAACGGUGCGGACUUGGAAGAGGGCAAAAGCCCUAUCUGAUUCGUCCGACUCCGAUUCGGACUCAGAGGAGGUGUCAGAUGGGUCCGAUAACAUCGACCCAGUCUUUUCAGAUAACUCGUCCCCCGAACGCGGCGAAACCGCGCCUCCAGCGCUAGACGCUGAGCAUGAGACGGAUUAA